AAAAAUGCCAAUCGCAUUUCGGCUUCCGAACAGGAAACAACAAAAGACAAGCGAUAUACAUGACGGCUUUUUCAAAAGCACCGUUGAUUUGGUUUGGCAGUCAUAACCCACCUUAACUGGAAUAACAGACCUGUCAGGUUUUUUCUUUUAUAAAGAAAAAACAGAUCUGAAAAGUAUGGGUGUGUCGCUGGAAAGAGUACAGUUCAAAUUUGCCUCUAUUAUUGGUGAACUCUGCAGCGACCCAGAUGUUUUGUCACAGUUCGCAGUGUGGUUAGAUCUCAGGUUGGCAGAGUAUAAAUUAAAAGGUGCCAUAUCGUUAGAGUGUUCUGGGGAAGAACCUGAUCCUAUCUGGUUGAAAGGUUUGAACAAAGGUAGGCGAACGAUCAGUUCAGCUGAGAAGGUCACGCAUCCAAGGUUUGAACGACGUGAACGAAGACGUCUCAGUGGUGACUCUUCUUCUCGCAGCACCCAUGGAGCCUAUGACCCCGCCCCCAAUCCUCUGUCCCGAGACCUUCUCGACUUCCAGCCCCAGGAUGUCUCGCUGGACCAUCAUCAGUCGAACUCUCCGGACAUUGUUGUAGUAAAGGAAGAGUCCACAGGCGUUUUCCCUGUCAGUUUACAUACCCACGUCAACACAAACUCUAACGUACCAGGAGGCAGCAGUCACAAGCGGAGCCCUGCAUUCGACCCUUAUUCCAGCAACACCGAUCACUGGUCUCGGGAUUCGUACGGACAAAGUUCAAAGCGAAGACGAACGGCUGAAAGCGUCGACUCACCAUCCAAUCAGAGCCUCAUGUCAGUUUUGGGCGUCACAGAUACCUCAGAAACAGUUACGAGCGCAAUGGGUGACACACCUGUGGUGCCGUCCACCUCAAGUGACGGUGUUACUUCUCCCGUAGCAGGCACAAGUACUAUUAAUCCACAGGUGGAAGUUUCAGCUGAUUUUACAGACACUUCUCAAAAUGACUCACAGUGCUUUCAAGACAUGAGCUGGAUCAAUAACUCUGCCAUGAGUGCUGAUAACAAUGACUCAGGUGCCAGUCCAAAUGAUUCUUCUGCCGGUUUAAAAUACACCUGUGAUAUAUGCGGCCAAAUGUUCACCAUGAAACAUAACCUGAAGAGACACCAGAAGAUGCAUGAUCCGGGUCGGGCACAACAGACAUGUAACCUGUGCGGCGCCACCUUCUCAAGGGCAGACAACUACGCCAGUCACAUGAAGAAAAAACACGCCGAUUGAUUGGUUCAUUUAAUUUGAUUGGUGUCUCACAACGGACAAAUAGAUUUAUCACUUAUACAUGUACGACGGCAGUAAAGUUUACCGGUGGAUAAAAACAAAACCAUAAAACCACCGCAGUUCUACAUUAAAGUCAUGGUUUACGGUUUACAGGAGCACGGCAUGGCUGGAAUAUUACCGAGGUGGCUUUAAGUCAUGAUCAUUCAUUUAUUCCUGAUUUAUUUAUUUAUUUGAUUGGUGUUUUACACCGUACUCAAGAAUAUUUCACUUAUACGACGGCGGCCAGCAUUAUGGUGGGAGGAAACCCACGACCAUGCGCAGGUUGCUGGCAGACCUUCCCACUUACGACCGGACAGGAAGCCAGCAUGAGCUGGACUUGAACUCACAGCGACCGCAUUGGUGAGAGACUCCUGGGUCAUUACGCUGUGCUAGCGCGCUAACCAACUGAGCCAUUCCUGAUUUAAAUCUGUAGCUGGAUUAGCUAGACCUGAAUCUGCUUGCUCUGGUGGACCUGGAACUUUUGUUUACCAUCACUUGCGACAUUAUUUCUUUCAUAUGAGGACGGUAUUCUAUUGAACGGUAACAGUUAAACGUUAAAGCUCCAUUCUAAAAACAACACUAAGUUAGACUUAUAUUCUUAUCUUAUAUUGCCUGACCUUAGCCUUGAAAUUAAUACUAAUUUUCAAUUUUGUCAAGAACGUACAGGAAAACUCUUAGAAUUAAAAUAUAAAAUAUCAAAGAUACAAGUUACGAUUUAGGUCUGGGACAACUUCGUGAUCCUGGGAUGAGGGAAAGGGCCCCUUAAAAUUGUCCACGAGAAAUCCUUGAGGAA